UCCAUUAAACAUUAUCAUAAGUGUAAUUACGGAGUAUAGAAACCCUCAACGCGUGCGACUAAAGAUUUUAGAAAAAAGAGUGCAACGACUGGCAGGAGUGCAGCCCUCUGGUCAUCGUAUUGCUUUUCCUCCUUCAUCUUCCUUUCAAUCUCUCUCCUCUGGUUGAUCACUUGAGUCACAAAAGAUGAGAACGAAACCAAAUUCUUUGAUUGAUGAAAAAUAUUGUGGGAUUGAAAAGAGGCAGAUGAGCUUAAUCAAGACAGUACUAGAAAAAGCUGCCAAACUGCAAACUUGUUUGACACCUUCUUUACCUAAUGAUUUGAUAUUUCAGAUCUUUCUGAAACUUCCAAUUAAAUCAAUUUUGAGAUUUACUUGUGUUUGCAAGGCAUGGUAUAAGCUGAUCCAUUGUGCUGAGUUUGUUUCGGCUUAUAAUGCUCAUGCUCAAAAUACCCCAGUCAUACUCAGAAGAAUUUAUGGGGAAAGAUCGAACACUUUCCAUGCCGAAGCCCAACUCAAUCUAUCCAUAAAUUUUAGUCUCUUCCCUUGCAGCUUGGGGUCUAGACGACGAAGCAAGUUCAUCUAUUUCUUAGAGAUUGAAAAUGAGAAGGGCAAGCUUCUUGACCUUUAUAUGAGUUGUUAUGGCUCAGUUGUAUCCUCUUGCAAUGGAUUGAUUUUGAUCACUUCUAAGCAUGAAGUGCUUGGGAGGUAUAGAGAUUCAUCUUUGGACCAGCCUUUGGUUGACAGCAAAGAAAACCCAGGGCAAUUGAUUGUGAUGAAUCCUAUGACUAGGAAGUUGAUAGGGUUUCCGCUAGGAACUCUUCCUUUUAAACUUCACGAUGAGUCGUAUGGGCUGGUGUUUAGCCAUUCAAAGGGUGUUUAUAAAGUGGUGCAUUUGUUCAAGGAUAAAUCAGGGUGUAUUGCUUGUGAGAUUUUGAGCUUGCAGACAAGAUCAUGGAAGGCGGUUGAUGGACCAGUUGGAGUACUUUUUCGUAAUUUUGGCCAAGCACCCAUUCCAACUGUAGGAGCUUUGCACUGGCUUCUUGGUUCUUUUGGUUAUGAUUACAUAAUCUCUAUGAAGGCCGACGAUGAAAAUUUCUUCAUAACCGACCUUCCAAAGACUAUGGAUAAGUAUGAUAGGCUAGUCGCAAUGGGUGGUUCUUUGAGUUUUGUGAAUGGUUUGGACAAAGACCACAUAGAGGUGUGGAUCUUGAAAGGGUUAGAAGGAACAAAAUGGGUCAAACAACAUACUAUUCUUAUUGAUGCUAGUUUGGGUUUGGAUUAUGUGGUGUAUGGUGAUGUGGAUUAUGAAGAGCAUGUUAAUGUGGAUGAUGAAGAGCAUGGUAAUGAGGAGAUUGAAGGUAAUGAGGAGCAUGGUAAUGAGGAUAAUGAGGAACAUGAUAACGUGGAUGACGAGGAUAAUGGGGAGCUUUUGAAUUUGGACAAUGAGCAGCAUGUAAAUGUGGGUGAUGAGAAUAAUGAGGGGUUUGGUUUUGUGGAUAAUGAUUAUUAUUCAUUAUCUUGUUUUGCUUUAAAUGCCAAAGAAAUGGUGUUCAGGAGAAGAGAUAAAUUGUUUGCAUAUGAUUUUGAGCUUGAAGAAAUCAGAGAGAUCAGAAUGGACCGUGGAAAAUUUUUGGCACAUGAUACUAUCAUACCUCACGCCAAUAACCUUGCUACCUGGGAACCUCUUGAAUCUAUGAGUUGAACUUUGAUAAGUUGCCUAUGCGUUGAAGUUCUAGAAGGCCGGAAGCUCACCAGUAACUGCUAAAUACAAAGUAUAUGUAUUCGAUACUGUGACCAUGUUCAUUAUCAUUUUACUCGUUGGAUUAGCUUGAUCACUUAAUUAUUUGGUUCUAUGGUGUGCAUUGUGCUGUUACAGUCCACACAAUAGUAAUAUUGCUGUGUAUAUUUGAAAAAAUUGCCGUAAGUUAUUAGAGUAGUUGAUUUUAUGUCAGAUGUUGGUUAUGUGUAAUCGCAUUCAAUGGCUGUAUCCUUAAUUAUGAUGCGGCAUUUUGCAAAGAUGAAAUUUGGGCAAGUAGCAAAUCAUUUUGUAAAUGAAAAUUUGACAAGGGAAGUUCUGU